AUAAUAUUCAUUAGCAAGAAAAUUAAGAGAACAAAACAAAAAGAAAAACUCUAAUUUCUCUCUCUCUGUUUUCUUCUCCGAUCCGUUAAUCUUCCUGGUGCGUUAGGGGCAGAGAUGGGAAACGGAAACUCAAGGGAGGAGGCUAAAGAAUCUAGACGGUCAAAGCUACGACAGAAGCUACAAAAGUUUCGCAUUCACCGUCGUCAUCUUCGUUGUUCUCGAAACUCGUCGGCAGGAAUGGUGAUACAACGAGCUGUGUCCGCCGAGGAUUUCUCCGGCAUUGCGCUUCUCACUCUCAUUGGCGCGGAUAUGAAGUUUAAAGACAAGUGGCUCGCUUGUGUUUCUUUCGGUGAACAGACUUUUAGAACUGAAAUCUCUGAUACUACAGAGAAGCCAAUUUGGAACUCGGAAAAGAAGCUUUUGUUGGAGAAAAAUGGACCAAGUCUUGCUAGGGUCUCUGUAUUUGAGACCAAUAGGCUCUCAAGGAACAAAAUCAUCGGUUAUUGUGAGCUUGAUAUAUUCGAUUUUGUAGUGCAGGAACCUGAGUCGGCGUGUAAGUCAUUUGACUUGUUAGAUCCCACAUCAUCCAAUGUUGUUGGCACCAUUUUCCUUUCUUGCACUAUUGAGGAUCCUGUUGAAACCGAGAGGCGGUUUGCAAAGCGUAUCUUGUCCAUAGUGGACUACAAUGAAGAUGGACAACUGUCGUUUUCGGAGUUCUCUGAUCUAAUAAAGGCUUUUGGAAAUUUAGUGGCUGCUAACAAGAAAGAAGAGUUGUUCAAAGCUGCUGACCUGAAUGGGGACGGUGUUGUGACGAUUGACGAGUUGGCUGCGCUUCUUGCUCUUCAACAAGAACAGGAGCCAAUUAUAAAUAAUUGUCCGGUGUGUGGUGAGGCUCUUCAGCUCUCUGACAAGCUCAACGCGAUGAUUCAUAUGACUCUUUGUUUUGACGAAGGAACGGGUAAUCAAAUGAUGACCGGAGGGUUUUUGACUGAUAGACAAGCUUCUUAUGGAUGGAUGUUCAAACUAAGUGAAUGGACACACUUAUCAACUUAUGACGUUGGUUUGAAUACUGGUUCAAGUGCCUCAUAUAUUGUGGUGAUUGACCGGAAGAGUAAGAGACUCGUGGAAGAGUUGAUUGACUCAAAGAUUGUUCUCUCCAUGAGAGCUAUUUAUCAGUCAAAAAUUGGACUUCGACUUAUGGAUCAAGGGGCAAAGGAGAUUCUGCAGAGACUUUCUGAGAAGCAGGGGAAGAAAAUGAGCUCAGUUGAAUCCGCACAAAAAAUACCACGCUUUCUCGAGUUCUUUAAGGCAUGGAAAGAUCAAAUAAACAUGGCUGAAGUCAAGUAUCCUCUGCAGCAUUUUAAGACGUUCAAUGAGUUCUUCAUCCGGGAGUUGAAACCUGGUGCAAGACCAAUUGCUUGCAUGAAACGCGAUGAUGUUGCCGUAUGUGCUGCUGAUUGUCGAUUAAUGGCAUUUCAGUCGGUGGAGGAUAGUACCCGUUUCUGGAUCAAGGGCAAAAAGUUUUCAAUAAGAGGCCUUCUUGGGAAGAGUAUGAAUACAAAUGCCUUCCUUGAUGGAUCUUUGGUGAUAUUCCGACUAGCACCACAGGAUUAUCAUCGGUUUCAUGUCCCUGUCUCUGGAGUCAUUGAAAAGUUUGUGGAUCUUUCUGGAAGCUUAUAUACAGUUAAUCCGAUUGCGGUCAAUAGCAAGUACUGUAAUGUAUUCACGGAAAAUAAACGAACCGUUGCAAUUAUAUCAACAGCAGAAUUUGGAAAGGUUGCUUUUGUUGCAAUCGGUGCGACAAUGGUUGGUAGCAUAAAUUUUGACAGAAAGGAAGGAGAACAUGUGAACAAAGGGGAUGAACUUGGUUAUUUUUCAUUUGGUGGAAGCACAGUUAUAUGUGUCUUUGAAAAGGACUCGAUCCGGAUCGAUGAGGAUCUCUUGGUUAACAGUGGUAGGUCCUUAGAGACAUUAGUGAAUGUUGGAAUGCAAUUAGAGUGUAAAACCGGUUCUCUCCUCGGGUGCGCUCUCAUUAAUUACUUUCAUCCAAAUGAUGAAAAGAAGGCAUUAGCACUCGAUGGUAGUUUCUUGGGAGGUAUGCAGCUUGAGGUUUUGUUGGAGGGUAACAGCAGCGGUUCUAGUAUCUUUCCUAACUUUAAAAGGUGUGAACGUUGUGUCCUUCUUCAAAGGAAGCGCCUCCAUGACCUUUACAUUACAACUAAUGGAGGGGAUCAAAGUGCUGUUGAUGAAAGCACAAGGCGUUUGGAGAGUGAUACUAUUGAUAUCGUCAACGAGCCGCGUGGUGAAAGGGAGGACGGUAAUGGGAUUAACAGAGAGAACGCUAAUGAUGGUGAUGGAAUGGAAUGUCUCGAGAAUGAUGGGAUUGAUAAUGUGAAUGCAGCAGAGGAGGAGCACACAAUGAGUGCACAAGAACUGGAACAUGAGCCAAGUCUUGAUAAGGGAGACAAAAUGGCGUCUUAUAGUUAUGGUUUUACUUUUUGGUGGAAGAUGAUGCCAACACUUGAUCUUGAUGAAGACUCUUGUCGCAAUCUUGGCUCCCUUAGAUUUGACGAAGUUUGUUGCAGCUUCUUGCAAUCACAUGAAACUCGGAUAUUGCCUGUUAACAUUCAGACCCUCCUCCUUAGAUACAAAGCUAAUUUCCUCAAGAAACAAAACUCUUUCCUCUAUAUCGCAUUUCCCAGCACUCCGGAGUUCAUGGCUCCAGAAUUAUAUGAGGAGAACUAUAAUGAGCUCAUUGACGUUUAUUCCUUUGGUAUGUGCUUUUUGGAGAUGAUCACUUCUGAGUUCCCGUAUAGUGAGUGCAACAGUCCGGUGCAAAUUUACAAGAAAGUUGUCGCGGGAAAGCUACCAGGAGCCUUUUACAGAGUUGGAGACAUCGAGGCACAGAGUGGUGCUGGGAAUCCAAAGCCCUUCUUGAACGAGAAUGAAAUGGACACACUGAAGUUGGAAGAUGAUGAGUUAAAGACACAGAUGUCCAUCGCUGGGAAGCUGGGCGCUGAAGAUAACGAAAUCGAUCUGGAAGUACAAAUCGCAUAUGAUAAUGGUCUGGCAAAUAAUGUGUUCUUUCCCUUUGACAUCAUGAAUGAUACUUCCAUUGAUGUUGCAAAGGAGAUGGUAAAAGAACUCGAGAUUAUAGAUUGGGAGCCAUUCGAGAUUGCUAAAAUGAUUGAUGGAGCGAUUUCUUCUUUGGUGCCUGGUUUGGAAGAGGCCUUCAAGAUUGGGUACAAGGUAUGGAAAGUAACACCAGUCUCAACGUACAUAGUGUGACAGAUGCUUAUAUAAAAGUUUUUGACAUAA